GACACUGGACUUAAGAGACAAGUUGAUGAGCCGACAUGCCGAGUGGAUCAGUGAAGUUGCAGAGCAUUAAAAAGCUGGGACAAGAAAACCAAAGCUAUGAGUUUUCAGAUGAAGAACCAGCUGGCUCCUAUAUGACGAUGACAGCUUCCAAGGAGGAUGAAAAAGGGAAAGGAGAUGCAGAGCAACCGGCAAUCAGAGUCGGCUUCUUCCAACUGUUCCGUUUCGCCACGUGCAACGAGGUGAUGAUGAUGGUGUUCGGCAGCAUCUGCGCCAUCCUGCACGGCUCGGCCCAACCCCUUAUGCUGCUGGUGUUCGGCCUGCUCACAGACACCUUCAUCGAGUAUGACAUCGAACUGAACGAGCUAAGUGACGACAGGAAAGAGUGCGUGAACAACACGAUCCAGUGGAAGAGGAACUACACGGCAGCGUAUGAUGGGAACUCACAGAAUUUGUCAGGCUGGGGCCUCAUAAACAAUGCAACAUGGGAGAUGCUCACACCGCUGAAGCCCAGGUCGUGUGGGAUUCUUGACAUUGAAUAUGAAAUGACCCUGUUUGCCUUCUAUUAUGUUGGAAUUGGAGCAGCUGUAUUCUUACUGGGGUACUUCCAGAUCUCCCUGUGGGUGACAGCGGCUGCCAGACAGAUCCAGCUCAUCAGGAGGAUGUACUUCAGUAAAGUGAUGAGGAUGGAGAUCGGCUGGUUCGACUGCACCUCUGUGGGAGAGCUCAACACUCGCAUGUCAGAUGAUAUCAACAAGAUCAAUGAUGCCAUUGCGGAUCAGGUUGCUAUUUUCCUGCAGCGUUUCACCACCUUUGUGUGUGGCUUCUGCAUCGGGUUUGUAAAAGGAUGGAAGCUGACGCUCGUCAUUGUGGCGGCCAGUCCGCUGAUCGGUCUUGGAGCUGGUCUCAUGGCUCUGUUUGUUGCCAAGCUAACAGGGAUGGAGUUGCAGGCGUACGCCAAAGCCGGAGCUGUAGCUGACGAGGUUCUCUCCUCCAUCAGGACUGUGGCUGCUUUUGGUGGAGAAUUGAAAGAGGUAGACAGGUAUGACAGGAAUUUGGUCUCAGCGCAGCGCUGGGGCAUCAGGAAAGGUCUGAUCAUGGGCUUUUUCACCGGAUACAUGUGGCUGAUUAUCUUUCUAUGCUAUGGUCUGGCCUUCUGGUACGGCUCCAGUCUGGUGGUGGACACUGAGGAGUACACACCAGGGACGCUACUGCAGGUCUUCUUUGGUGUCCUGAUAGCAGCUAUGAAUUUAGGCCAGGCUUCCCCAUGUCUGGAGGCGUUCGCUGCAGGCAGAGGAGCUGCUACCAUCAUCUUUGAGACGAUUGAUAGAGAGCCUGAGAUUGAUUGUUUAUCUGAGGCGGGAUAUAAACUCGACAGGGUCAAAGGAGAUAUUGAGUUCCACAAUGUGACCUUCUACUACCCCUCCAGACCUGAAGUCAAGAUCUUGGACCAACUGAGUGUUGCUGUGAAAUCAGGCGAGACAACAGCCUUCGUUGGUCCAAGUGGAGCUGGAAAGAGUACAGCAGUUCAACUCAUUCAACGUUUUUAUGACCCCAAAGAAGGCAUGGUGACCCUGGACGGUCAUGACAUCAGAGGGCUGAACAUCCAAUGGCUGCGCUCGCUGACUGGCAUCGUGGAGCAGGAGCCGGUGCUGUUCGCCACCACCAUCGCUGAGAAUAUUCGCUACGGGCGACCUGGCGUCUCCAUGGAGGACAUUAUCUCUGCUGCGAAGGAGGCCAACGCCUACAACUUCAUCAUGGAUCUGCCACAGAAAUUCGACACCUUGGUGGGGGAAGGUGGAGGUCAGAUGAGCGGAGGUCAGAAGCAGCGUAUCGCCAUCGCUCGAGCCCUGGUCAGGAAUCCUCGCAUCUUGCUGCUGGACAUGGCAACCUCUGCCCUUGACAACGAGAGUGAGGCUGUAGUACAAGAAGCCCUCGAUAAAGUACGCCUGGGUCGCACCACCAUCUCUAUUGCUCACCGUCUGUCCACCAUAAAGAACGCCGACGUGAUCGUUGGCUUCGAGCACGGCCGAGCCGUGGAGAGGGGCAAACACAACGAGCUGCUUGAGAGGAAGGGGGUCUACUUCACUCUGGUCACGCUGCAAAGCCAAGGGGACAAGGCUCUGAAUGAAAAGGCUCGACAGAUGGCUAACAAGGAGGAAGAAUCAGAAAAGCUGAGCCUUUCCAGAGCAGGAAGCUACCGUGCCAGCUUGAGAGCUUCAAUCCGCCAGAGGUCCCGGUCUCAGGUCUCCAAUAUUAUCCAAGAAUCCUCUAUAGCCAUCCCUGCAGAUGUCAGCCCCCGGACCUACUCCAUGUCCCAGGCAAAUAAAUCCAAGGAUGCUAUCCCAGAGGAGGAUGAGGAUGAACUUGUAGAGCCUGCUCCUGUUGCCAGGAUCUUAAAGUACAACAUACCGGAGUGGCCCUACAUGCUUUUUGGAUCCAUCGGAGCAGCCGUUAAUGGAGGCGUCAACCCCGUCUACUCGCUACUCUUCAGUCAAAUCUUGGCGACGUUUUCAGUAACAGAUCCUGUGGCUCAGAGGAAGGAGAUUGAUAGUAUCUGCCUGUUCUUUGUCAUGGUCGGCGUGGUCUCUUUCUUCACUCAGAUGCUGCAGGGUUAUGCCUUCUCUAAGUCAGGAGAGCUGCUGACCCGCAGGUUACGGCGCCUUGGCUUCCACGCCAUGCUGGGACAGGAGAUCGGCUGGUUUGAUGAUCACAGGAACAGCCCCGGAGCUCUGACCACGCGCCUGGCCACCGACGCCUCACAAGUUCAAGGAGCAACAGGCUCUCAGAUCGGCAUGAUCGUCAACUCUCUGACCAACAUCGGCGUGGCCGUCCUCAUGUCCUUCUACUUCAGCUGGAAGCUCACGCUGCUCAUCCUGUGCUUCCUGCCUUUCCUCGCUCUGUCAGGUGGCUUCCAGGCUAAGAUGCUAACAGGGUUCGCUAAGGAGGACAAAAUAGCCAUGGAGGCUGCUGGACGGAUUUCUGGCGAGGCGCUGAACAACAUCCGCACCAUCGCAGGACUGGGGAAAGAGAGGAGUUUUGUGGAAAUGUUCAACGCCCAGCUCGAGGCUCCGUACAGAGCGGCCCUGAAGAAAGCCAACGUAUACGGAGCGUGCUACGGUUUCGCACAGUGCAUCGUCUUCCUGACCAACUCUGCCUCCUACAGGUUUGGAGGUUACCUGGUGCGGCAGGAGGGGCUUCAUUUCAGCUUGGUGUUCAGAGUGAUCUCGGCUAUCGUCACCAGCGGCACAGCCCUCGGGAGAGCCUCCUCUUACACCCCCGACUACGCCAAGGCCAAGAUAUCCGCCGCUCGCUUCUUCCAGCUGCUGGACCGUGUGCCUCAGAUCAGCGUCUACAGUGCUAAGGGAGAUAAAUGGGAUAACUUCCAGGGAAACAUCGAAUUCAUUGAAUGUAACUUCACCUACCCCACCAGGCCGGACAUCCAGGUCCUGAACGGGCUGAGCGUGUCAGUAAAGCCCGGGCAGACGCUGGCCUUCGUGGGUAGCAGCGGUUGUGGGAAGAGCACCAGCGUCCAGCUGCUGGAGAGGUUUUAUGAUCCUGACCAGGGCAGAGUGCUGAUUGAUGGCCGGAACUCGACUGAUGUCAGCGUGGCCUUCCUGCGCUCCAAGAUCGGCAUCGUGUCCCAGGAGCCCAUCCUGUUCGACUGCAGCAUCGCCGACAACAUCAAGUACGGCGACAACAUGCGGGAAAUCAGCAUGAAUGAGGUCAUAUCAGCCGCCAAGAAGGCCCAGCUCCACGACUUUGUGAUGUCACUCCCAGAGAAAUACGACACCAACGUAGGCGCCCAGGGUUCCCAGCUGUCCCGUGGUCAGAAGCAGCGCAUUGCCAUAGCCAGAGCGAUCAUACGUGACCCGAAGAUCCUGCUCCUGGACGAGGCCACUUCAGCCUUGGACACGGAGAGCGAGAAGACGGUGCAAGAAGCGCUGGACAAAGCCAGAGAGGGUCGCACAUGCAUCGUCAUCGCCCACCGCCUGUCCACCAUCCAGAACUCGGAUAUCAUCGCUGUCAUGUCCCGGGGAUUCCUCAUGGAGAAGGGGACGCACGACCAGCUCAUGGCCCUGAAGGGAGCGUACUACAAGCUGGUUACCACGGGAGCACCAAUCAGCUAACUGCUCGGGGAAAUGAGCAGACGAUUAGUAAGGCAGCCGCAGGAAACCAGUGGAGGGAUCAGUGUUAUUGUGAUACACGGAUACGGGCUGUUAGAGGGAUUCAUAUCAUUAAGUAUGAACCCAAUCUGCAGACAGCCUUACAGUAUUUAUUUUUGUGUGGGAAUCCUGCCAUGAACGAGGUUACACAUGUGAGCUAGGGGGAUUUUUUUUAAACUCAUUGUCUUUUUACUAUUUGUUUUGAAUAGGACUUUACUAUAGGCAUCAUGAUACAAGGGCUAUUAGGGAGCAUCUGAAAAAUUAGAAUAUCAUGAACUGGUUUAUUUUUUUCAUUGAGAAAGGUAAAUUUUCAUAAAUUCUGGACUCAUCUCAAACAAGGUGAAAUAUUUCAAGACUGUUUUUGUUUAAAUGUUGAUGAUUACAGCUCACAAAAAUCCCCAGUCUCAAAAUAUUAGAAAACCACAAAACAUCAGUCCAUACUACAGAAAUGUUGACCUUCUGGAAAAUCAUGCACACACAUUAGUUGGAGCUUCUUUUGCACAAAUUUAUGCACCAAUGCGACAUGGCACUGGAGGCAAUCAGUCCGUGGCACUGCUGGUGCAUCCACUCGGAGGAGGCUGGGGAGAUGGAGUCUGAUCAGGAUACCUUCCUGUGAUGGUCCAACUGGGAGGAGACCCCAGGGCAGACCCAGGACUCACUGGAGGGGUGAUAUACCCCAUGAUGCCUGGGAGCGCCUAAGAAUCCCUCAGGAGGAACUGAAACCCGACCCUGGAGCAGGGGAAAAAGAUGCAUGGAACUUAAACAUGAAGUGUAAAACAAAAAGUCUUGAAAUACUUCACUUUGUAUGUGAUUGAUCUAGAGUAUAUGUACGUUUAACUUUUUGGCUCAAAUUACAAGAAAUAAAUUAACUUUUCCAUGAUAUUCUGAUUGACAUUCAGCUGUAUUGCCAAAUUGAUUUCCUUAUUUUUAUCAUUUUAUUAAAACCGUAUGCAGGUUGUUAUUAAUUUGUAGGGGUUUUAGUAUUUUUAUUUUUGUAUAUAUAAAGCAAUAAUUUAAAAAAAGGGUGAAAAUUCUUCAGCCUUAAUUUUAAAAAUUGUCACACAGAAAGCAUAAAAUAUGUUUACUUCAUCAGCAGAGGUGUCAGUUUACACAGGUCACAGUUUGGCUCAGUUCAACAGUAAAAACAAGUCCUAGAUGAAUUAAUUGAGGAAACUUUUAUUUUGAAAUGGCAGGUGUGUAAGUUACAGCUGUGAAAGUUGUUACAGUUUUAACAUUUACUAAUACAAAACUAUGCAAAAUAAAUAGCAAUACAAAAACUGAAUAAAAUAUGUGCAUCUAGGAGCAUUUUACCAUAUCUAGGAUCUAUAAAGUGUACUGUCACUUGUUGCUCAAUUACAGUAGAUAAGUUUAAUUCUCCUAAUGUUAAAACAGAAUUGAAAUGAAAGAUUUCAGUCCAACAUGCUAUAAAAAUGUUUGUCUCAUGUAUCUGCUUUUUUAAAAAUACAUUUAAUUCCUUAUCAAUUAAACCAUUGAAAUACUGAUGGGACUGUAAUUUUGUAACAAUGUAUUUUUUAUGCUGUAUUUUAAUAAAACAUUAUUUCUACA